AAGCCGAUACAUCGGCGGUAAUAUUGACUCCCAUUAUCCAUUGUGGACUUCUUCAAGAAUUGUUAUACUGGCUACACCAAAAACCAUUAAUGCCAGUAUUAAAAUUGCGACAUUAUAUUAGGAAAAGAUAUCGGAUUAUUAGUGAUUGGAAAAUUUGUUGUGUAUGGUAUUUUUAUUUCUUUGGUUCAACUUCGACGAUGUUACGUGCUCUCUUGUUUGAAGCCCUGAAAGUUGGUCUGCUUUGCAAGCCUCUCCCAGUUGUUAUUGGAAAUUACCGAUAUCUCGGAUCGUACUAUGUUUAUGGAUCGGGAGAUACAUACAUCACGACGUACCAAAACCACGGUGGUCCGAAAACCGGCACACAUAAAUGGGUCGUGGAAUGCCUGGACGGAGAGGCAGCAGUUGGAAUCCAAGAUUACGCCAUGGAUUUCGAGCGAGUGGAAGCAUUACAAUGCAAAUUUAUGUUUCCGUUCAAACCGCCUUCCAAAGGAAUUUAUCCUUACUACCCACAAUGUUUCGUUAAAGACUUUCGCCUGAACUUCUUCUGCUAUGAUCCGAGAAACUCUACUCUCACCGCAAAUACCUUCAUUACUGGGAUAUUUGACGACGAACUAAAUUUCUUUACGUGGCGUGCCGUCGCUGAUGACAAUCAACCAUAUAAGUGCUGCAAAACACCGAAAGGUUACUACAUUGACUAUGUGUCCUGUUAUUUCCAAUCCACUCAUGACCAAUAUGGAGAAUUUUACGAUUCAACAACAUAUAAUUUGGUCAAUUGUGCUACUGGCUACGUAAUGACCGGGAUGAAGAAAAAGGUCAACCCGCUGACGAAAAAUUACAACAUGGACUGGAUCCAUUGCUGCCGCCUGGGGUACGGCAUCCCUGCAGCCAUUUCACCACCAGUUGCGUACUCUGCCAGCGGAAUGCCGUCAUAUGUCGCUCAACAUUUAAUGAAAGAACUUCCGCAAUCAUCACUUUAUCAAGCACAAUAUCGAGCACCGCAACAUAGCGACUGUAAUAGUACGAAUGCCGAUUCCCCAAACGGUCCACGGUGCUUCUGGAGUUCGCGUUUCAUUCCGGCCAGAACAAAAAGAGCUAUUUAUCUUCCAGAUUUCGAAGACUAAAAGAAUAAAUGCAUAACCACACAAGCUAAAAUCGAAUUUCACAUCAUCCACGCUGCAGUUCAACGAUAUCCGACUCUGAAUAGCGGUAGGAGAUUUGCUUUCGAUGAACAAAAUGUCCAAUGCCGCCAACUUUCCAGCGACUCUCAGCGACGACGAAAUUGCUGGACACACCUUUUUCGAUGCUGUAUCGUAAAUUAACCAAUUAAACCUGUGUCCCAACUUAAAUAUUUAAGUGAUAUGCUUUUCCACGCAAAAUAAUAUUAAAAAAAUUAAGCUUCGACAUAUAAUACGAGUAGGCAAUGCU